AUGAGAAAUGUGUGUUUGGUGGUGAUAGACGGAUGGGGGCAUUUGGAAUCAAGGACGCAGGGGAAUGCUGUGUCGGAGUCGGAGUGCCGUUGGAUGAGGGCUUUAAGCUGGGGACGUUGCAGUCUUCUUCUGCAUGCCCAUGGUAGAUAUGUGGGGCUCCCUGACGGGUUAAUGGGGAAUUCCGAGGUAGGGCAUCUAACUAUAGGGAGCGGGAGGAUUAUCGAGCAGGACAUACUAAGGAUAGAUCGAGCCAUUGAGGAGGGAAGGCUGAAGAAAAUAGUGGAUGAAGUGCUCCAGGGAGGCCGAGGUAGAAUACAUGUGGUGGGGAUGGUUAGCGACGGAGGAGUCCACUCACACAUAAGACAUCUGAAGGGGAUUUUGGAGUCUCUGAAAGGACGUAACGAAGAAGUGUUUAUCCAUUGUAUAAGUGAUGGGAGAGAUACAGAGCCACAGGUGUUUUUAAAGUAUCUUGAAGAAAUUAAGAAUUUCUGCCGGGAUAUUGGCACAGGAAAGAUUGCUUCUGUGGCCGGGAGGUUUUACUCAAUGGACAGAGCAAACAACGAGGAAAGAACAGAGCUUAGCUUCAAGACAAUGACAAGUGGGAAGGAGAUAGGAGAAGAUGCCGAGGAUUAUGUCCUUGGAAUGUACAAGGAAGGUCUGGGAGAUGAGACCCUUAGGCCUUUUCUUGUUGAUAAGGCCGGAAGGAUAAGUAGAGAAGAUACCAUCAUCUUCUUCAACUUCAGAGCAGACAGGAUGAGACAAAUUGCUUCUAGGUUUGCCAAGAACGGAAACAACAUAGUGACAAUGACCGAGUACAAGAAAAAUCUUAAGUCCAAGGUUCUCUUCGGGAAGGUCUGUGCGAAGAACACCUUGGCAGAGGUUUUGUCAGACCGCGGAAUAAGACAUACACACAUAGCAGAAAAGGAGAAGGAGGCACAUGUGACAUACUUCUUCAACGGGGGUAGGGAGCAGCCAUUUCUCUGGCAAAAGACGAUAAUACUUCCCAGCCCAGACGUUGAAUCUUUCGACACAGUACCAUCAAUGGCCUCGAAGGAAGUGACAGAGUAUGUGAUUGCAGAGAUUAGAGACGGAGUACCGAUGGUAAUUGCCAACCUUGCACCCCCCGACAUGGUAGGACAUACAGGAAACCUUGAGGCAACAAAGAUGGCUGUUGAGGCAGUGGAUGGAUGCAUAGGGACAAUAUACAGAGCCUGCAUAGAGAACAAAUAUACUCUAAUCGUAACUGCAGACCAUGGAAAUGCCGAAAGAAUGACGGAUGGAAGAGGAAACUGCUGCAAAACCCAUACAACAAGUAAGGUUCCUCUAAUAGUCUGUGGAGAAGAAGUGGGAGAAUUCUCUUCCUCAUGGGGAUACACAGACACCGACUACUCGUUGAGAGACAUAGCCCCGACUGUAUUAGAAAUAAUGGGAAUUCCCAAACCAGAUGAAAUGACUGGGAGGUCGGUGUUGGGAGCCUUCGGCCACACCCUUCCAGCAAGAGAUAAUCAGUAA